AUGCCUAUUGGCUUCCCUCCAGCGCGGUGGCCCGCAAUGCUCGCGUGGGCAAUCUGCGGACGACAACGCAUGGCAUGGCAUGGCAGCGCAUGGCACGGCAGCGCAUAUGCGGGCGAUUUGGAGGUCGCAGUGAAGGAUGUGCCGAGGCGUCGAUAUGCACGGAAAUCUGCUUCCGGCAUAGCUGUCGCCGCGGGAGGAUUGGGGCGGGAAGGGAGCGUCCUCCAGGGCAACGGUGCUAUAUUUGCAUGCUGCAGCACAACCUCCGGCGUCCAGGCCAGGGAUCUGGGCCGGCGGCAGCCAUUCAUUCGUGGGCAAUCUCGAUCGCCAGCGCCUUUGCGCGGAUGCUAG